GGAGGCCUGUUUGCCGGGCUUUGCCUGAAAUGGACACCUGGAUCCCUUAUGAUGACUACCCAGUGGUUUUCCUGCCUGCCUAUGAGAAUCCUCCAGCAUGGAUUCCUCCUCAUGAGAGAGUGUACCACCCAGAGAACAACAAUAAGUUGAUCCAGUAUCUGCCCCAAAUUGUCACACUGAAGAAGCCCCCUGGUGCUCAGUUGGGAUUUAACAUCCGAGGAGGAAAGGCCUCCCAGCUAGGCAUCUUCAUCUCCAAGGUGAUUUCAGACUCAGAUGCACAUCAAGCAGGACUUCAAGAAGGGGACCAAGUUCUAGCUGUGAAUGAUGUGGAUUUCCAGGAUAUUGAGCACAGCAAAGCUGUUGAAAUCCUGAAGACAGCCUGAGAAAUCAGCAUGCAUGUGUGCUUCUUUCCUUACAAUUAUCAUUGGCAAAAGGAGAGGACUGUGCACUAGAGACUUGCAGCCCCCAG